CAAAUGCCACGUCAUGAAACAGAUUGUCGAUACUUUGCAAACGGAUAUUGCUCAAAAGGCAACACCUGCACGUUUACACAUGACGUGGCGACCCGCAACGAGAAUAUUUGCCAUUUUAAUCUUGUCGGGAAAUGCUCAUAUGGCCGCGCGUGUCGCUUUCUUCACACCCGACCACGAAACGACGAACUUCCAUCAUGUUCAACACCGCAAACUUCACAGAAUCAACAAAAUCUCCAAAAUUCUGGCCAAAGAGUUCGACCGAAGCAGCUCCCGGAGUUGAAGUUCAAUGCUCAAGCCGCCGAAUUUGUUCCGCGUUGGAAAAUGCCGCAAAGAGGCCCGGUGACGUCAUACGCUGGAGCGGCGGCUUCAGCCGACCACGGGGAGAGCUCAUCGAGCUUCCAAUCAUCGCAUGAACAAGCUCAACUCAUGAUGUGCCCUUAUCAUCAGAAAAGUGGUGAUUGUAACCGUCAGGAUAUGGAUUGCCCGUUUGCUCACGGGAAUUAUUGUGAUAUGUGUCAGCAGUGGAGCCUUCAUCCUUAUAAUGCAGAGCUGCGCAAGAAACAUGAGAAUGAAUGCGUCGCAAAUCACACAACAGAAAUGGAACGAGCCUUCCUUCUCCAAAAAACUGAACAAAAAACGUGCGGAAUUUGUAUGGAGAACAUUUUCGAGAAAAAUUUGCGUUUUGGAAUAUUAAACGGAUGUCAACACUGCUUUUGCCUGGAUUGUAUCCGUCAAUGGAGAUCAAAAGAUCAGGAAAAUGUGGAAUUGGCGACAAAAACGGUUAGAAGUUGUCCAGAAUGUAGGCAACACUCGGAUUAUGUUAUACCAUCACUGUUUUGGGUGGAAAGUGGACAGGAAAAGGAUUUAUUGAUUGAAAUGUAUAAGGAAAAUACGAAAAGAAAGAUUUGCAAGUACUAUUCGAACGAGCGAUCCCGUGGUGCAUGUCCAUUCGGAAACAAAUGCUUCUAUAAACAUCAACUUCCAGAUGGUUCUAUUGAUCCUGGAGAAGCCCCAUCGAGCCGCCGUCGCCCACGCCUUGUCGAUUUUCUAUUCGAUGAUAAUUCGGAUUCCGACGAGGAAACAUUCCGCCGAUUCCAAGAAGAACACGAGGAAGAACAAGAGGAAUUACUGAGAUUUGUGGCCGAAACUCUGCCGGAAGCUGACGAAGAAUCGGAACUUUUUCGACAAAUUACCGAAGUUCUUCGGCAUUAUCAAAUAUCUGGGCAUCGACGUGGUUUUCAAUGAAUUUUUGACAUUU